UCAGAGCAAAAGGAGCAAAACAAAAGCAAGUCUUUGGGAAUGUUUGUUGACAGAAAUCCGUUAUGAAUUAAAACACAAAACAAAAUUAAAAUAUUAAUCGUUGAAAGUUUAGUUUUAUUGUGUGAAUUUUUGUGCAAUCGUUAGUCUCAUCUCUCCACACAAGAUGACUGAUUCGGAUGAUAGUGUUUCUCGGUUCACGGACUUAUACAAAAACAAAUCCCGCAGCCAAGAGCAGCACCAGUCGGAACGCCGACGCACACUUCUGGAGGAACAGAAACGUCUCCGCCGAUCGGAACUGGACAGCACACGUCCCGGCUUGCUGGAACUAAUCGAAGCCGAAACUGCGACGGAAUCGGACUGCUCGGGAGAUUUUGCGGAACGAAGACGAUACCGACCGAAGGUAUGGUUCAGCAAACUUUAUCGGGACAAAGCGCAACUUUCCGAGUGGAUGUACGAGAAACCGGAAGAUCUGGACAACUGGUUACUGGUGCCGUGUCCGGUUGGGAUCCGAUGUUUGUUGGUCAUUCGGAAGGGUUUGGCAGUUGCUUAUGGUAAGAACGGCCGAUCGAUUACGCGGUUUUCCACUCGUUUGGGAAAGAAGCAGCGGAUUACUGUUUUGGAUUGCUUCAUGACAAAGGGGCGAGUUUUCUACGCUCUGGAUAUGUUGGUUUAUAAUGAAAUGGAUCUUGUGCAGUGCGAGUGCCAGUUUCGGUUCCUCUGGCUGAGGUCCAAGCUUGAGGAGGACAAUUUGCAAAAACGGUUUUGUACAGCCACUGAGAACCGAUGGCACCUCGAUGUGCUUCCUAUGUUCGAUUGUAAGGAUCGGAGUCAAAUCGAACAGUGUUUGUCUAAAUAUCCCAUGUUUACCGAGACUGGUUUGGAUGGACUGUUGUUUUAUCACAAAGAAUCGAACUACAUCUACGGGCGAACGCCGCUUGUAACAUGGCUGUUUCCGUUCAUGGUGCCAGAAGUACUUGGCAACGAGUUGAGCCAGGCGAUGCAUCAUCAGUACUUGCAGCAGAUACCUAACGAUUACCAACAGUUGGGCUGUAAAGCUUAUAUGGACGAAUUUGAUGCCAAACUGGCGAAGAAGCGGUCGCGUAGAAGCGGUCGUAUUUGUGGCAUGGAGGAAGGUGACGAUGAUGGAACAUGUGACCUGCCCAUCUGGGAAGAAAUGGAUGCCGUGCCGGUGCCAGAUGAUGAUCAAUACGAGGAUGAGCAUUGGCAACGGAAGGAAUUGGACGAGAUCAGGAGGCUUGAAAUGGAAGGUUAGACGGACUGAGGUUGGGAAUGACGAGGUGAGUGACCGUUUGCUCGCUUUUAUUAAUAUCAUAUUUAUUGAAAUAAUUGACGUAGAUGUGCAGAUGAA